GUAUAAGAAACGGUGAAUGAGCGGCUGACCCUUGCAGAAACUUGCUGGAGGUCUCCGGGUGGCAUAUACCUUUCCUCCCUCGUCCAUCCGCCGGCAAGCCGAGCCGGGGGAGGAUGAGGUCGUCCUGUGUCCUGCUCACCGCCCUGGUGGCGCUGGCCGCCUAUUACAUCUACAUCCCCCUGCCCAGCUCCGUGUCCGAUCCCUGGAAGCUGAUGCUGCUGGACGCGACUUUCCGGAGCGCACAGCAAGUGAGCAACCUGAUCCACUACCUGGGCCUGAGCCAUCAUCUGCUCGCACUGAAUUUUAUCAUCGUUUCUUUUGGCAAGAAAAGCGCCUGGUCGUCUCCUCAGGUGAAGGUGACCGAUACUGACUUUGACGGUGUGGAGGUCAGAGUGUUUGAGGGCUCCCCAAAGCCAGAAGAGCCUUUGAAACGCAGCGUUGUUUACAUCCAUGGAGGAGGCUGGGCUUUAGCCAGUGCAAAAAUCAGGUAUUAUGAUGAACUGUGCACAGCAAUGGCUGAAGAAUUGAAUGCUGUCAUUGUCUCCAUUGAAUACAGGCUAGUUCCAAAGGUUUAUUUUCCUGCACAAAUUCAUGAUGUUGUACGUGCCACGAAGUAUUUUCUGCAGCCAGAAGUCUUACACAAGUAUUCGGUUGACCCGGGCAGAAUUGGCAUUUCUGGUGACAGUGCUGGUGGGAAUUUGGCCGCUGCUCUGGGCCAACAGUUUACUCAAGAUGCCAACCUCAAAAGCAAGCUCAAAGUGCAAGCUUUAAUUUAUCCAGUUCUUCAAGCUUUAGAUUUCAACACGCCCUCUUACCAGCAAAAUGUGAACACCCCAAUCCUGCCCCGCUACGUCAUGGUGAAGUACUGGGUGGACUACUUCAAAGGCAACUAUGACUUUGUCCAGGCGAUGAUUGUUAACAACCACACUUCGAUGGACGUGGAAGAGGCAGUUGCCCUCAGGGCCCGUCUAAACUGGACGUCCCUCUUGCCUGCAUCCAUCACAAAGGACUACAAGCCUGUGGUGCAGACCACCGGCAACGCCAGGAUUCUGAGGGAGAUCCCUCAGCUGUUGGAUGCUCGCUCGGCCCCGCUCAUUGCAGACCAGGAAGUCCUACGGCACCUCCCGAAGACCUACAUUCUGACGUGUGAGCAUGAUGUCCUAAGAGACGAUGGGAUCAUGUAUGCAAAGCGUCUGGAGAGCGCAGGUGUGGAGGUGACCCUGGAUCACUUUGAGGAUGGCUUCCAUGGAUGCAUGAUUUUCACCAGCUGGCCCACCAACUUCUCAGUGGGAAUCCGGACUAGGAAUAGUUACAUCAAGUGGCUGGAUCAAAACCUGUAAAAGAGGAAAAUUUCCAGAAUCUUGACCUCCUGCACCUGCUUUGGAAAGAGAUGCACUUUUUAGUUGAUUACUUUCCCCCUUGUUACUUGUGAGUUAUGGAAUCUCCAUUCCCUGCAGACUUUAUGUUAAUUUAAUUUUUGAAAAAUGUGUUUGACUAACGUAAGUACAAAAUGUCUAAAUCUGGUUCUCCAAGUGGACCAGUCUUUCUGUUCUUGUUUGUUUUUUGUGUUUUGUUUUGUUUUGUUUUGUUUUGUUUUUAGCCAAACUACCACCGAUACUCACGGCUACAGAAAGCAGGACUAGGAGCUGAAAUAGCUUUGCGUUCUGUCUUCGUCAAGGAAUUCUUUCCAGAAGAAAUUCUUCCAGCUGUGGGUGGCAUAUGUGGGCUCUUCUUUAGCUUGUAGAGUUUACUUUAUAUUCAGAGCAGUGUUACUUGUGUGCACAUUAAGGUCAGUGCUAGAUACCAAGCGCCCUCUGUGCUUUAUGGAUAGAUGGUUUUGUUUCCUAUGGGAAUUUCAACAAAGGUGUUCUAGCAAGGACAAAUUUCUCAAAUAACUUUCUUCCUUUACAGUGUUAAUUUUAUGGGAUAGCUCUCUGUAAGUCCAGUUGGAUUAUGACGAUACUUGAAGGUUACUUUCUACCACUAUUAUUAGAAAAUAUACGAUUGCAUGUAGUGGA